AUGUCCGCUACAAUAACCUCCCAGCUCGCCUGGCGCACCGGCGCGAUCUUCACCGCAACAGGUAUGGCUCUCGGCGCCUUCGGAGCCCACGGUCUCCGGUCUCGCACCCCUGCCCUCUCAGAGCGAUCCAUCGGGUCAUGGACCACCGCCUCACAAUACAUGAUCUACAACGGUCUUGGGCUGCUGGUCGUUUCGUUCCAUCCGGGACUCAUUGCGGGCAUUCGCAAGUACCGCGUUGCGGCGGGGAUGAUCGCCGCUGGAGGGGCGGUCUUUAGCGGGACGAUCUUUGCGCUGGUGCUGGCUAGGGAGAAGGUUGGGAAGGUAGCGGGACCGAUGACGCCGCUGGGCGGGGCGGUGAUGAUGGCUGGUUAUGCUUUACUGGCUUUAUGA